GCCCCCCCCACCCCCCGAAAAAAAAAACCCCUUGUACCGCCAUGAGAAUACGCAAGCACGCCAAAAUCUCUCCGUUAAGCAACGCGACGGCGCCUGACAGAACCCUUCUGGUUCGCCAUGGCUGUCAGCUGAAUCAGUCGCCGUGGGACGUGAUAAACUUCUCGCCGCCGUCAACUCCUCAGCCGGCUCCUCCGCCGUCCCAGGUCGAUCGGAAUGGCGUCUCUGCUGGAAAUGGGAGCUCAGUAAAUCUUCAUUUACAUAUCGAGAGGGAGAUGAAUGCUUGGCUGCAGCCGCCAUACCCCACUUACCCAGGCAGACGAAUCACCACCACCGCCGCCGCCGCCGAUAAAAUGGAGGUGGACCCGCCGCCGUUGCCGCCGCUUCCGCCACCGGCACCGCCGGUGGUGGUGGCGGAGAAAAAAAAGCAGAUUGUUUUCUGCUGCAAGACCGACGGGAAGAAUUGGCAAUGCAAAAACGAGGCAUCAAGAGGCAAUUCAAUGUGCGAGCACCACUUAUCUCAGGUGAGAAGCUACAGCAACCCGACGAAGAAAUCCGGCAAGCCGGCGGCCGAAGCUCCUCCUCCUCCUCCUCCCCCUCCUUCUCGGCGGGCCCGCCCCAAGAAAUUGUCAGCAUCCUCGUCAGCGAACCCCUACGAAUUCUACUACUAUUCGGGGUUCGGACCCCGAUGGGGCAAGAAGAGAGGCGAAGUCAGCAAGGACAUUGGCGGCGGUGGUGGAAAUAUCACGCCGGAAAAUGCUAGAAACGAACAGGAAAUGAUUGCGGCGGCAGUUGGUGAAGAAGAUUCUGAUGAGGUGGAGUACGAAGAAGAAGAAGAUGAAGAAGAAAAUAAUAAUAAUAAUAAUAAUAAUAAUAAUAAUAAUAAUGGAAGGAAAAGGGUAAGAAAGCCAAUCAAGGCUAGGUCUCUUAAAUCUUUGAUGUGAGGACUGACUGAGAGGAAAAAAAGUCAAUGUAAAAUGUGUUGUAAUUUUUAUAUGCUUUCCUAGAACUAAUUAAUUAAUUUUUGUUUUAUGGAU